UUGGUGUUUUCUGAUUGGGAGACUGGAAGUCAGUCAGGUGAUACAGACUGUUAACCGGUGUCCAGCCUAAUAUUCUAGAGAAGAGACAGCUCUAGAUAAACUACAAGUAUGCCAAGGUACACAGUACAUGUUAGAGGGGAAUGGCUCGCUGUGCCUUGCCAGAAUGGUACAAACACUGUGAGGUGGCUGGGCAAAGAAGCUGUGAGGCGUUAUAUGAAAAACAAGCCUGAUAAUGGUGGGUUUGCAUCUGUGGAAGAAGUGGAAUUCUAUGUCCGCCGUUGCAAAGGACUUGGAUUGUUGGAUCACGAUGAUACACUGGAAGUUGCUCUAGAAGACAAUGAAUUUGUAGAAGUUGUAAUACAAGGAGAUGUAAGUUCUCCGGACUUCAUUCCAUCACAGCCAGAAGGAGUUUAUUUAUACAGUAAAUAUCGAGAACCAGAAGAGUAUAUUUCUUUAGAUGGGAACAAUCUGACUACAGAGAAGCUGGUCAGUUUAGGAAAGGGGCUCUACAAAAUCAAGCUUACUCCUGAAGCUGAAAUUAAAGUCAGAGAGUCAAAUGAUGUUAUUAAAAGCAUUGUAGAAGAUGCAAAAGAUCCUGUCUAUGGAAUCACUACAGGUUUUGGAAAGUUUGCACGAAUCCGUAUUUCAAAGUGUAAACUACAGGAGCUUCAAGUGAAUUUGAUUCGGUCACAUUCAGCAGGUGUUGGAAAACCUUUGAUCCCUGAGAGAUCUCGUAUGCUUUUGGCUCUACGGAUCAAUGUCCUAGCCAAAGGAUACAGUGGGAUUUCACUAGAAACUCUUCAGCAAACAAUCGAUGUAUUUAAUGCAUCCUGCCUUCCCUACAUCCCUGAGCAGGGGACCGUUGGAGCCAGUGGAGACUUAGCCCCUCUUGCCCAUCUUGCACUGGGACUAAUAGGAGAAGGAAAGAUGUGGUCCCCAAAGAGUGGAUGGGCUGAUGCAAAAUAUGUUCUGGAAGCGCAUGGACUGAAACCAAUUAACUUGAAACCAAAAGAGGGUCUUGCUCUUAUCAACGGGACACAAAUGAUUACCUCACUAGGAUGUGAAGCAGUUGAAAGGGCUGCUGCAAUUGCCAGACAGGCUGACAUAGUGGCUGCUCUCACACUUGAAGUUCUAAAGGGCACAACAAGAGCAUUUGACACAGAUAUCCAUGCAUUGCGACCACACCCUGGGCAGAAUGAGGUGGCUUUUCGAUUCAGGUCACUUUUAAACUCAGACCAUCAUCCCUCUGGAAUAGCAGAAUCUCAUCGAUUUUGUGAAAGAGUACAAGAUGCAUAUACAUUACGUUGCUGCCCUCAGGUACAUGGUGUUGUGAAUGACACAAUUGUUUUUGUAAAGGAAAUAAUCCAAACAGAAAUCAACAGCGCAACAGACAAUCCUAUGGUUUUUGCUGAAAGAAAGGAAACCAUUUCUGGAGGAAACUUCCAUGGUGAAUACCCUGCAAAGGCUCUGGAUUAUCUUGCAAUCGGAGUCCAUGAACUUGCUGCAAUCAGUGAAAGGAGAAUUGAACGUCUGUGCAACCCAUCCCUCAGUGAGUUGCCACCAUUUUUAGUGACAGAAGGAGGUCUAAAUUCAGGAUUCAUGAUUGCACACUGUACAGCAGCAUCCUUGGUUUCUGAGAACAAAGCCUUGUGCCACCCCUCUUCUGUGGAUUCUCUUUCAACCAGUGCUGCCACAGAGGACCACGUAUCCAUGGGAGGAUGGGCUGCAAGAAAAGCACUAAAAGUCAUCGAGAAUGUUGAACAAGUGUUGGCUAUAGAACUCCUUGCAGCCUGUCAGGGCAUUGAAUUUCUACGCCCUCUGAAAACUACAACUCCAUUGGAGAAAGUCUAUGACCUUGUGCGCUCUGUUGUCAAGCCAUGGUUAAAAGAUCGCUUCAUGGCCCCAGACAUUGCAGCAGCUCAUGGACUGCUUGUGGAUCAGAAGAUUUGGGAAGUUGCUGCACCAUACAUUGAAAAAUACCGAAUUGAGCAUCCUCCGGAGCAGAGGCCAGGAUCCCCCACUGCUUUUUCCUUAGCUCGUGAAGGCACUUCACACUACUGUCAACAUCCCCACCACCACCAUCAUCACAGUGAAUCAGAAUGAUCUGUUGUACAAUGCAUCCGCUCAUGGUGUACAGCCAUCAUUUUAAAAUUAUGGGAUAAAAAACCCUCUUUGGUUUCCAAGAAGAAUUAAGGCACUUGCAAAGAGAUUCAUGAACCAAAAAGGAGGGGAAUUAAAAGCCUGCAUUAUAUUUCAUGUCAUAUAUGCAGUAAACGUAUUCUGUAGUUUCCCAAAUUGUGCUCUCUUUUAGUCAAACCUGCAGGUAUUCACGCUUUCCCUUGGUUUUAGCCCCUGAUCUACUUAGCUUGCAGGCUAGUAAAACUCUAAAGCAAGACACCAUAGGAGUAAGGCACACUGACUCCCUCCUUUUGCUAAAAGUUUUCAUUUGGGAUUAAGAAUAUGAUGCACAUUAGUAGGGGCAGGCUGUAUAGUGCAAGUUUUUUCGCACUAGCCUUUGUCCAGGUCUCAUUCUCAGCUCUUGAGUUUGUGUAGGGCAAGGAGCAAGCUGGAAACACACAGCCCUGCACCAGAGAUGCCAAUGCAGGAUCCAGAAAAAAGAGCUGCAUUGAGGAGCCCUGCACAGAAGGGAAGGAAGUGUGAAAUGCAGAAUUGGUGGUAGAGAGGGACACAGGACCAGAGGCAAAUGGGGCAACACACAAAUCAUGUAGACUGAUUCCUUACUAGCCUUUGUCCCAGUCUUAUGCUCCUUUUUCCUGCAGCUCUUCUACCUGAUUUUGCACGCUGCCACCAAGCCACAGCUUGCCCCAACUCUUUCCUAAAUUCCCUCUGCGGCUUCAGGAUUCUCUGAAAAGCAGAAUCCUGAAGUGUUGGAGGAAACUUGGGGAAGAGGUGGGGCAAGUUGCAGCCCCAUGGCAAUGUGAGCAAAAUCAGUCAGAAGAGCUGCGGUGGGGGGGAAGGAGCACAAGACUGGGACAAAAGCUUGUGAGGAAUUGGUCCAAGAGAAAGGGUGAAGUGAAUAAAUAAACCAUGCAUAAGACUGGCUUUAGUAAAGUCUGGCUGGGUACAAAAUGGAUUGAUUAUCUCUCUCCAAUUUAGAAGAAGCGCAAAUAUGCAAGUCUCAUGUGUUGAUACUUUUCUUGUUGAAUACUUUUCUAGUUUUACCUUUUAUUAAAGAUCACAAAAUUGUGUCCUUCACAGUUUAAGGGUUUGGUUGCUGGAAUUAAAAAAUAUAUAAUUUACAACCACAGCCAAAGUUUUGUUAAAUGUACAUGGGAUCUAUACAAUUUACCAUGAACAUUUGGUUAUCAACAUUCAAGAUUUCAACUUUAUAAGCAUAUAUUUUAUGGAAAAUUGAUAUACCACUGACCUCAGAGUAAGGUUUUCACAGCCUGGAGAAGACGGGAGCUGAAAGACAAGAGAAAAUGUGUGUUUAAACCAAACAUUGUAGGCACAGUAUAGGAGACUGUAGAAUCAGAAUGUGCAUUCAUAGCAUGACAAUUAAAGUGGAGAUCUUGACUUAGGGGGCAAGAGUCCUAUUUUUGCUCUUUUAAAAAAACCCAGUAUUUUUGAAAGAAAUUCACUGAACUACUUGAGCCUUUGAAGGAUAGGAGGACAAUAUAAUUUUGGUAUAGCUUUAUAACAGCACCUGUGGAUUUUGAAAGCACUUAACAUAUGCUGCCUCAGUAAUCUUUUCAUCACUUUUUACAUAUUUAGCUCUGCAUUUAACCUAUAAUCCCUGUUUUCAUUAUUAUAUUGUUUGUCCAGUCAUUUGAGAAGCAUACUAGGCAUUCAGGAUAGCCCACAGCAGUCCCCAUUACCCAUAUUACCCUAAUGGGCUAAACCUGACUCAGAGUAGCUUGGAACAACUGUGAUAGCUCAUAGUUGUUCUUACAAGUUGCAAAUCAAAUCAAUUCAUUAUACUGAUCCCAAAACACAAGCAGAACAAAUCCCUGAAGAAAAUUAGUCAAACUGUGCAUUACAAUUAAAAUCACAAUAUGGAUUAUAUUAUGUUUGUAGGAAUCAUUAAUGGAUAUUACGGACAAUAAAAGAAGACUUAAUGGA